CAUCACAAAUCUAGAAUCCAAUUCUCGACAAGCAAACGGUAUAAAACUAUUAUUCUUAUAUCCAUCCGAAUCUGGUUCCCAUCCCAUACGCCAACUAUAAAUCCUGACCAUUUCUAUUGUUUUCUUUCCCAAAGAAAGAGCAAACUCAACAAGACCAUAGUUCAUCAUCAUUUCAGAUGAGAAAGUCACUAAACAUGGCCAUCAAUAGAAAGACGAACCCAGACCAAAACUAUGACAGACUCCAAGAAGUAACAAAAUUCGAUGAAACCAGAACCGGAGUCAAAGGCCUCGUUGAUUCCGGCGUCACCACCAUCCCUCGCUUCUUCCACCACCCACCCCAAAACGUUUCUAAACCAAAACCCGAAACCCAAACACCUAAACUCUCAAUCCCCAUCAUCGAUCUCUCCGGCCCCCGGUCAACUGUCGUCGACCAGAUUCGUCUUUCCUCCUCCACACUUGGGUUCUUCCAGAUAAUCAACCACAGCAUACCCAAACAUGUCAUGAACCGCAUGCUUUCGUCCAUCAAGUCUUUCCAUGAACUACCAGAUGACAUGAGAAUGCAAUAUUAUCGUAGGGACAUGUCCCAAGGUAUUGCCUACUCCACAAACUUCGAUUUGUACCACUCCAAGGCUGCCAGCUGGAGGGACUCACUGCAGGUCCGUCUGGCCCCCUCACCGCCGAAAUCGAAGCACGUUCCGGCUGUGUGCCGGGAUGCAGUGGCGGAGUGGGACCGGGAGGUGGUGAAGUUGGGGGAAGAGGUGAUGGGGAUGCUGUGUGAGGGGUUGGGUGUGAAAACAGAUAGGUUGAAGGAUAUGUCGUGUUUGGCGGAUAGGAUUAUGGCGGGACAUUACUAUCCGUACUGUCCGCAACCGGAGUUGACCGUUGGGCUGACGUGGCACACGGAUCCCGGGGUGUUAACGGUGGUGUUGCAGAAUGAGGUUACGGGAUUGCAGGUGAAGUGUGGUCAGGAUUGGAUUGAUGUCAAACCUGUCCCUGGUGGUCUGGUUAUCAACAUUGGUGAUAUGCUUCAGAUCAUUUCCAAUGAUCAAUACAAAAGCGUGGAGCAUCGAGUGGUGGCCAACCCGUUUCACGAGCCACGAGUUUCGAUUCCAGUUUUCUUCAACCCAAGCAUGAUGGGGGACUUGCAUGGACCAUUACCAGAGCUUGUGUCACCAAAUAAACCAGCUGUUUUCCGACAAUUCACUCACUCAGAUUUCAUGACUAGAUUCUUCACUAAGGAUUUUGAUGGCAAGUCCGUGACCAAUUACUACCGAAUCUAGAAGAGAUGAAGGCUGACAAUGGAUUCACAAGUAAAUAACGGAUACUUUGUUUAAAAGAUGCUGAGUGGCCAUGCUCACAGGAAACCAAUGAAAAAAGAAAAGAAAUAUGGUGUCGAAUUAUAGUUACGAUUACUAAUGAUAUGCCCCUGUAUGUGCCUUAGAUGGUUUAGUAGUUUUUCUUUAUAGGAAUGGAAUAAAGGUUGGUUUGUGCAACUUGCUUCGAUUCUGUGU